AUGACAAAGGAGCAAGCUGCUUCUUUAUACAUUUUUUUACCAAUUACGAUUGACAUGUCUGAGGUGCAACAUGUUGGGGAUCAUCCCAAGAAGCCUAGCAACAUUGAUGAAUUGAGAAGGUUGAAGCAAGCCAAAAAGGAAGCCAAGAAGAAGCUCAAUAGCAAACCGCAAAUGAAACAAUCGCCACCAGGAAAAGUGUAUGAGCGUCCCUUUGCCACUGUUCCUGAUCAGCCAGCUCUCAUCAAGAAAUCAGGGGAAAUAUGUGUCAUGACUUUCAAUAUUUUGGCACAAUCUUUGAUCAAGCGGAAACUAUUUCCUGAUUCCGGCGACUACAUCAAAUGGAAGGCAAGAAGGAAAAUGAUUUUGGAUGAAAUCAAGCUAUACAAGCCAGACAUACUCACCAUGCAAGAGCUGGACAACUUUGAAGUGUAUUAUGAGGCCAUGUUUAACGAGAUGGGAUACAAAGUGAUGUAUUAUACACAUCCAACAAAGCGUCAUGGCUGUGGCAUCGCCUAUAAAGAGAGCAAGUUUAACAGUGUAAAGUAUGCCACUGUAGAUUACAACACGGAUACAACAUGCCCUCCUUCGUACAUGACGGGAAAUAUCGCGCAACUGUUGGCAUUGCAAUGGAAAUCAGAUCCUAGCAUUGGAUUUGUGGUUGGCAAUACGCAUCUGUAUUGGAGACCCACAUCAAAUUAUGAGCGGUUUAGGCAGACCAUCAUCUACUCCAACCGACUAUUAGACUUUAAGCAAAAACUAGAUGAAAAUACGAGAUGGGAACCCUUGUUGUUUGGUGAUUUCAACACAACGCCCGAUGAUGCUGCUUAUGGGCUAUUGACUACCAACCACCUUUCUGACUUUCAUGUCCAGGACUUGAAUGAAUCUCGUAUCUACAAGGCGACUGCGAAUGGUAAGGAGCACCUUGCAGAGGAGGAGGAGGAAGAAGAAGAGGAACAGGAUCAGAUCACCACCAUCUCCGCCGAUCAGUUGGAUACCAUCGAGAUGCUCCUAGCCAAAUACCAUAACCAGGGCCAUUGGAAGAGUAUCUACAGUCAUUUCGGCCGCGUCAAUCCAGACAGCACUAACCAAGGGCUCUUUGGAGAGCCCAGGUUCACGGAUUACGCGUCUCAAUUUCAAGGCACAUUAGAUUACAUGUUCAUAGACGCCAACUCUCCCAUUAAGAUCAACAGCUUAUUGUUAAUGCCAGAUGAGGAGCAGUAUUUAAAGCCCUCUCUGCCAAACAGUCAGAAUCAGAAAAGCUUCAGUAUUGAUGUUGGAAAGGACGAUACUGUAGCUUUAUUUCGCAGCACAAUCAUGGCCACAUUGAAGAUACCAAAAGAUACUGCCUUCUCCUUGAUUGCACUUGGUAAAAUUAUGCUAGAUCAUUGCCAAGACGGCACGCUCGCUAGACUGAACUCGACUUACAGAGUGAGAGAUAAAUCAACUGUCUUUGUGCACUUGUAUACUGCUGCGAAAAAACGCAAAAGACCCUGUCCACGAAUUGUUAUAACGGCAGGGAGAAAGCGACAAAAGACGCCCACCAUUGACAACAUGAACGCAGUGACACUGCCAUUUGACGAUUUUGUCUGUCCAACUUGUGCAAAUGAUGCACGUCGAAAAACGUGUCCUGAUUGCGGAUGUGUCAAAUGUCUCCUGAAAACCGGCGAUCCAUUGAUAUGCGAUCAAUGCAACAACUAUUGGCACAUUGAAUGCGCGGGACUAUCAGCAGAACCCAAAUGCCAUUACUGGUAUUGUCCCGACUGCUACAAUAGAGAUCACGAAAAAAUUGUUGGAAAAGACGAGCAGUUACAGUCGUCGGGCAGCAAAGGCAUUACUAUCAAGGAGCAAGAGUGUGCUGUGGUUCAUCAAUAUCACGUUGGAAAAAUCCCUGGCGUACGUGUUGGACAGACAUGGGCAACACGAAGUUUGAUGACGGAAUGGGGAGUGCAUCGAAGUCCAGUGAUGCGUGUUGCUGGUAAUGGAAGGGUUGGAGCAGUGUCUAUUGUACUGACAUACGGCGUCAUUGAGGAUCCCGAUGAUGGAGAUGAGUUUAUAUGCUCUGGUGUAGGUGGAUUUCCAAAGCACAGGUCCGUCUUCUCUAACGCAGAGCUGGAGUCUCAAGAACUGACUCGAUCCAAUCUACUUUUGGCCCUCACUUGCAAUACACCCGUCAACGCAGUGAAUGGUGGAAGAGCACUGGAUUGGAGAAAGAGCCAGCCUAUUCGUGUGUGCAGAUCGAGCACAUUAAAGGCGCUGCAUCCGGAAUUUGCACCGGCAGAGGGAUUUAGAUAUGAUGGAGAAUACAAGAUUGUGCGCUACUGGCCUUACAAGGAGCCUACUACUGGAAACCUUAUCUGGAAGUACCUGUUCAAACGAGAUGAUACGGAGAUGCCUCCAUGGUCGUCCGAAGGAAGAAGAAUGAUAUCAAGAAGGGGCCUCCGCAUGAUCAAUCCAGUGGACGAGGAGACAGAGGAAUUGCGAAGAUUUACUCCCUCGUAUAAGGCUCAGGUAGCCAUUGCAAAAGAUACACAGAAUAGGCGUUUAUGGAAUCAAAUCAGUGAGCUCAAGUUUUGGUCUGAAUUCGAGUUUCUCCAGUAUGUGUUUGAUGAAGCAUUUGCAUGCUCUAGCCAUGCCUGUCCUAAACCCAUCAAGAACCCUAUUACUACACCCUGUGGCCACAUCUGUUGCAUGCGCUGUCUCACGAAAAGUAAAUCUAAUCAGUGCUUUACCUGUCGAAACAAUAUACCCUUGGAAUCCAUACAGACAAAUGAAAGACUGAUUCGUAUCUUGAAAAGGAUCAAUCCUGCUUACAAUACGGCCGAAGACACUUAUGAGUUGCCCUCUACCAUCGCAGAAGAACAGUUACAAGAAGAUGCACUACAAGAAGUACGGGUGGUCAUUGAGCCGUUGAAUUCUGACACGAGCAUGUCACCCGAGACACACGAGCAGAGCGAGAUACGCCCAUUGGAAGCUGUUGUCAUCAUUGAAACAUACAUGGAAUAA